CUUCAACCGCUAAAAAAACUAGCCCUACCCUGAAAAGCCCCCCCGUUCCUAAAAAUACCCACUUCCCUCCUCCGAUCCUCUUCCACCGCCUCAUCCAUCACUUCACCCCAACCCCAUCAAACAGACGCCCAUAAUGUCCCCCUCGUGCUUCUCAUCCCUCCCCGCGCAACCAACAGACGAGAUCUUCGAUCUCCUCGCCCUCUACCGCGCCGACGCCUCCCCCGACCGCGUCAAUCUCGGCGUCGGCGUGUACUGCACCGACGAGGGCAAGUCAUGGCCCUUGGAUGUAGUCACCCGCGUGGAGAAGCAGCUCUUUGACGAGGCUAGUCUCACGAGACAUGACUAUCUCCCCAUCGAGGGCGACCAGCAGUUUUUGAAGGUUGCGAGGGAUUUGAUUUUUGCGGAACAGGAUGAUUUGAGCAUCGCGAGUGUGCAGACUGUCUCCGGCACCGGAGCGAAUCACAUCGGUGCGAGGUUCGUGGCCGAUUACUUGAGACCGCAGAAUAUCUGGGUAUCGGAUCCUACGUGGGCUAACCACCAUAUGAUUUGGGAGUCUGUUGGUAUGAAGCCGAAAUUGUACCCGUACUACAAGAAGUCAGACUGUUCGUUGGACUUUGAGGGUAUGAUCAAGACGCUGGAGGAGCAAGCUCAGCCCCGCGAUGCUGUGUUGCUGCACGCCUGUGCGCAUAACCCAACUGGUCUCGACCCUACCAAGGAGCAGUGGAAGGCCAUCGCAGAAGUCUGCCAGCGAAAACAGCUCUUCCCCUUCUUCGACGCAGCCUACCAAGGUUUCGCAUCAGGAUCUCCCGCCGAGGACGCAUGGGCGAUUCGAUAUUUCUAUCACCAGCAGCCUCGUCCCGACAUGAUCGUCGCGCAGUCCUUCUCCAAGAACUUCGGCCUGUACGGCCACCGCACAGGCGCCGUCCAUCUUGUUCUCGCGGAGCCGUCCAAGGAGAUUCGCGAUAAUGCAUACUCGACGCUAUCGUACCUGCUCCGGUCUGAGAUUUCGAUGGCACCCAAGUAUGGGUCUACUAUUGUUAAGACGGUUUUGGAUAAUGAGGAGUUGACUGCGGCGUGGAUGGCGGAUCUGCAGGUUAUGAGUAGUCGGAUUAAGAGUAUGCGACAGGCUCUUUAUGAUGAGUUGGUGAGGUUAGAGACGCCUGGGACAUGGAACCAUAUUGUCGAUCAGAUUGGUAUGUUCUCAUACACUGGUCUAUCUCCCUUUGAGGUCAAGGUUCUUCGUGAGCGAUUCCACAUCUACCUGCUCAACUCGGGACGUAUUUCUAUCUCUGGACUGAACAAGAGGAACGUACAGUAUGUCGCCAAGGCAAUUCACGACGUCCGAACCCAGGGCCAUGCACUUAACGGAACCAACGGUACAAAUGGCACAAACGGCGUCAACGGGCACUAGACUUCAUAUUUCACCUACAGAUCAUAAGAGCUAAAAUGCCCUCCCGGGUCAAAAUAGAGAUGUUCCUUUACGACAAUUGUUAUGCUUCGCUCAAUCCCGAGUAAGAUGAAUAGUGGAAUUGCUUAUCUGACUGGAGACACCCCUGAUCCUUUUUCUUCUGAUCCGGCAGAGCUUUUUGUCAUUGCAUUUUUGUUUUUUUCAGUGGUUUCAUCCACUGAAGAGAAAACGCGGUCUGAAGCUCACUCGGAGUGAAAACAACAUGAUCUCCGAUGCCGGGCCGAGCUCGGCCAUAAAAAUUCACGUCGCAACGCCAAAGGACGACAGGUCCAUCAACAAUCUGCGACUGAACAAGAGACCUAAAAUUGAGGCAGCCCAGUUAGUCCCAAAUUGAAUCGGCAGAUGAAGUUCACGUGCACCAAGCUCAUAUCCUGUUGACGACCCAAGGCAGCGCAUUGAGAGACUACGUGAUAAAUUGAUCCUGUCGCGUUGUCAACUCAGUCGCACUAUAACACUCUAAAGAUAACAUCGCAGUAGACUUUAAUCAAUUACAUCAGGCCAAGUGAGGUACCUUAUCUCAAUCAUGAAAUUCACUAUCAGAUGGCUCCUUAUGCCAAUAUCAUAGCCAUCUUUAUCGUCGUCUCUGCUCUCCUAGCCGUACUCAACAGCCUGAAGAUCCAUACUAGCAUGCCCGUGGUGGACGAGACCAGAUAAUCGCAUCUGGAAGUGGUUAAGUACACACAUAUCUCUGGACGGCCGACCAACUGUGGCAACUAAACAGUAAGGCGUGCCAGUACGCGUUAGCCAUAUAACAAAACUCGGUAAAUGAUUCGC